AUGAAUAUGUCACCAGAAGUGAAAGCUGGAUACCAAACAAUUGAGAAACAUCUGCGGCUGGAGGAGGUCGAGGCAGCAUCCCCAGGCAGCGGGCAGGGACAGUCACCCCCCAGCUGUGCACCAUCACCCAUCCUGCCCGGUCAGACCCGGGCAGAGGACACCAGCAAGGAGGCUUUCUGCGGAGAUAAACCUCGCUGCAUCUCCAACGCAGUCUCCCGACGCCUGCACCUCCAAAACCGCACUCCAGCGGGACGGCACCGGCCGCCCCCGGGGCGGGCCCGGGUGCCCGCCGGGACGCGGCAGCGCCCUCCUUCCCCUUCCCCCCGGCCGCCCCCGGGGCGCUGCCGAGGCCUGGGGGAGCGGCCGGGCCCGCGGCCUCCCCAGCGCCCCGCGGCCCCGCAGCGCGGCCCUCGCACGCCCCGAGGGCGACGGCGAGAAGCAGGGCUUACCUUGACAGGAAGCCGUGCUCAGGACCCCGCGCAGCUUUCGGCUGUCUGCACGAAGGGUGGCCCGAAACAGCCCCAAGGGUGCAACUGGUGCAGCCUGGCUGUAAGCUUCGGUGAGACCUGGGCUAAACACGUGGCAUGUGUGGAGCUGAUGGAGUUUCAUGUGGACACGACCACCAUCAUCCAGCUGGUAACGGGACGCGGGGCAGAGCUGGCGAUGAGGAUGGCCCUCGCUUCUGCUGCUGCACAAUGGCUAUCUGGAGAAAUGGGAAAAACCCAGCAAGGCUGGGGUUCUGGAAAGAUGAGGUGGUGCCAGAAGGCAUCCUUGCCCAAGACAGAUAACUGCCAGCAGCAGCUCAGCAUGAACUGGCCCAACUUUCUGCCCCAGCUGGCCAGGUCACCAGCCCCCUCCGUGCUGCGGAGGGAGCCACAGCACAGUAGUUGGAGUGCUCGGGACAGGGAGCACUGGGAGAUAAGCGAGUAGGCUAAAGCUCUAAUCUCAGUUUUUAAUUUAUUUCUAUAUCCAGAUUAACUAGAGACUCUUGUUUACCUGUGACACAUAAGGCUGUGCUGCUUAAUUGCUGAGGGGAUUGAUUUUUGUGUGCUUUCUGUUGUAAUGUGGAUUAUAGGGAAAAUACGCAAGGUACAGUGCUGUGCCUUCUUCCCUCUGCUACCCUGAGCCACGUUCAGAUAUUGUGUGGCAAGGUCUUUACUGU